AUGGCUUCUAUUUUUACUUGUGUUGAAUUUGAUUCUGAAAUGAGAGACAAUGUGGAUUAUAUAUCUCACUAUUAUUGCAUCAACCACAAAAACAGUACAGAGAAAUCCACACAAAUUCUCAUCAAACCACAUAGUAGACAACAAUCCUCUAACUUAGUACUUAGAAUAAUGCAAAAUGGUGGUGGAUCAAUUGUUGCAAUUUGGUUAACUUCCACAGUUGUUGGGGCAAUUAACAGGGUUCCAUUGCUUCCCAAGAUCAUGGAGUUGGUCGGGCUUGGAUACACUGUGUGGUUUGUGUACCGUUACCUGCUCUUCAAGUCAAGUAGAAAGGAACUGUCAGAAGAGAUAGAAUCAAUAAAAAAGAAGCUUUCUGGAACUGAUUAGAAGCUUGCAGUGUUUACAUUCAUCUCAGCCUCAGACCAGUUACAUCUUAAUAUAUAUAUAUAUAUAUAUAUGCAUGUCAAAAUAUUUAUAUAUCCUGUAUCACAGAUCAGAGAUCUGGUGUUGUAAUAUAGAAUAGGACAUAUGUAUGCAUUUUUCACUUCGUCAUAUUCUAAUAAAUGGCUUCUAUUUUUACUUGUGUUGAA